AUGCAGGGAUUUGGUGCCAAAAGAUACGAUUUACCGGCACCUUAUGGGCUGAGGCCGAAAAAGGGAAGAGUGCACCUCCGGAAGAUGAAAAAAUUGGGCAAGAACUACUUCACAACACCACAAAGAAAGCUAAUUGGCUACAUUAUACUUCUAGUGCUCACGGGAUCGCUUAUAUUUCAGAUUGUGCCCAUUUUCAAGCCUGAUACUGCAGUUGUUUCAUAUGAACUUGACACAGAUGACGUUGGUGGAAUUGCAGAUGCCGCCGUGCAAGUGGACAAUUCACAGAAAGCUGAUAUUGUGGGGAAUGAGCAGGGAGAAAGCUCGCAUAACGAUGAUGAAGAUAACGAUGAUCUUGUCAAUAAUCUAGAUGCGAAAAUGAGGAGGUUGGAAAAGGAAAGGAGAAAGCUCAACAAGAGACCAAACGCUUUUAAAGGAGAGGCCGCAAAGAGAAAGAAGAGAGUUGUCAAUCUCGACCGGAUAAAGGUGGAUGAAGAUGAGCUAAGAAGGCGUCAAGAUUAA